GAAAACUCUGAAUGUCUACCUACAUUCUCUCUCCUUUUAUCAGACAACGAAAUGCAGAAGAUGUCCAAAAGCUUGCCGUAAUUUAGCCCUUCACGUGCUACCGCGAAUCGCGUCAAUUUCGCGUCUCUCAAACCUUCUCCAUUUUCAUCUCAGCAACCUCUCCACGAACACCAAGCCCAGCCCACUUCCACCACCAAACCAGCUCCUCUACUCCCCACCCAUCGACCCCCCACAACCAAACAAAAUGGCAGAACCAACCCUCUCAACCCCCCGCAUAACCUCCCAAUACCUCGACACCUUCAUCUCGCGCACCAUCCGCCUCAUCGGCAAAGUAACGCAGCUCCGCGGCGAGACGGCCACCAUCGACAGCGAAGGCAACGUCACGGCGCUCUUGAACCGCGACGCGCACCUCACGGUCGGGAACGCGGUCGAGGUUGUGGGGAAGGUAAAUCAGGAUCUGAGUGUUAAGGUUUUGAGGGCUACGGAUUUGGGGAGAGAUGUGGAUUAUACGGCGAUCAGUGCGGUGGUUGAUGCUACGCAUCGGUAUAAGGAGAUUUUUUAUGCGGAGUGAGGGAUCGACUUAAGGGACUAUGGGAGAGGAUUGGAGUUAGGCUUUGCUGCUGGGAAGGGAUGACUGAAGAAUAGAGACUAGCUUCCAGCUACAACAUGAAGGACAUGAUUCGGUCUCUUAAGAAUUCUUGGCACGAUGAAUGAAUGCAUCACGAAUUACUAUAACGAAAAAGGCUCGUUUAAUUAUUGUGAUUCUUUUACAU